CUCACAUAAUAAUAAUAAUAAUAAUAAUAAUAUUAUUAUUAUUAUUAUUAUUAUUAUUAUAAAUAUAUAUAUAUAUAUAAUUUAUUGAGAAACGCAUUGGCCCACGAGCUCACCAUUUCGGCAGCAGCUGGUUGCAGUUCCAUCAAAUACCACAUUCCCUCCGGUUAUCUGAUACCCCUGUUCUUGAUCAUUCUUCAAUCUCUCCUCCAUUAAAUCCACCACGAUAACACCCUGCGGUUUCUAGGUACAUUUCGGCCAAAAGCCUGCCACCACCACUCGAUUCCUCCCCUAUGCUCGAGCUCCGAGCGCCUCCAUUUACUACGGGCCGCCUUCCUCGGAAUUAAUUAAAGGCUGGCCGGCGAACGCGUCAGUGCUCCAGCGACAAGAGCAAAACUGAGUUAUCAGGGAAAGAUCUUAAACUAACUGUUUGGAGGCGGUGAGGCUUGGAGGCUGAGGAGAAGAUGCAGGCGGAGAAGCAAGCGGAGGAGGCGGCCAUCGUUGCGGCUGGUGGCAUUACUAGCUCCAACAAUGAGACAGAGCGAGAAGGGGACGGCGGCGAUGGCAAGGAGGAAGACGGACACGGACUCAGCAUGAAGGGCCUGCUAUGGCACGGUGGCUCUGCCUGGGACGCCUGGUUCAGCUGCGCCUCUAAUCAAGUGGCGCAGGUGCUGCUGACGCUGCCGUACUCAUUCUCGCAGCUAGGAAUGCUGUCGGGGGUGAUCUUGCAGCUGUUCUACGGGAUCCUCGGAAGCUGGACGGCGUACCUCAUCAGCGUCCUCUACAUCGAGUACCGCACCCGCAAGGAAAAGGAAAACGUCAGAUUCAAGAAUCACGUUAUCCAGUGGUUCGAAGUGUUGGAUGGGUUGCUGGGGCCGUAUUGGAAGGUCGUCGGACUCGCCUUCAACUGCACCUUCCUCCUGUUUGGCUCCGUCAUUCAACUCAUUGCUUGUGCCAGUAACAUUUACUACAUCAAUGAUCGGCUAGACAAGAGGACGUGGACCUAUAUAUUUGGAGCCUGCUGCGCCACCACGGUGUUCAUCCCUUCCUUCCACAACUACAGGAUUUGGUCCUUCCUCGGCCUUGGCAUGACCAGCUACACCGCCUGGUACCUCGCCAUCGCCGCCGUCGUCCACGGCCAGCGGGACGGCGUGGCGCACUCCGGUCCAACCAAGCUGGUGCUCUACUUCACCGGCGCCACCAACAUCCUCUACACCUUCGGCGGCCACGCCGUCACCGUUGAGAUCAUGCACGCGAUGUGGAAGCCGCAAAAGUUCAAAUAUAUCUACCUGAUGGCCACGCUGUACGUGUUCACGCUAACGCUGCCGUCGGCGGCGGCCGUCUACUGGGCGUUCGGCGACGAGCUGCUGACGCACUCCAACGCGUUCUCGCUGCUGCCCAAGUCGGGGUGGCGCGAUGCGGCGGUGAUCCUGAUGCUGAUCCACCAGUUCAUCACCUUCGGCUUCGCGUGCACGCCGCUGUACUUCGUGUGGGAGAAGGUGAUCGGCAUGCACGACACCAAGAGCUUCUGCGUCCGCGCCGUCGCCCGCCUCCCCGUCGUCGUCCCCAUCUGGUUCCUCGCCAUCAUCUUCCCCUUCUUUGGCCCCAUCAACUCCGCCGUCGGUGCUUUCCUUGUCAGCUUCACCGUCUACGUCAUCCCCGCCAUGGCUCAUAUCCUCACCUACCGCACCCCCGCCGCGCGCCAGAAUGCGGCGGAGAAGCCGCCCUUCUUCCUCCCUAACUGGACGGCGAUGUUCGUCGUAAACGCCUUCAUUGUGGGGUGGGUUUUGGUGGUCGGAUUCGGGCUCGGCGGUUGGGCGAGCACGACCAACUUCGUGAGGCAAGUGAACACCUUCGGGCUCUUCGCCAAGUGCUACCAGUGCCCCAAGCCACCUCCCCCGCCGCUGGCAGCCGGCCCCAUGCCGCAGCAGACUCACCGCUAAACCAGCUGCCGCGCGCCGGCGAUAUCUCCAAGUAGCGUUGUUUUUUGUCAGUGUGAUGUAAUAUACCGUUAUGCUUGAAUCCUGUCGCUUUUAGAUUUUAUGUUGACGUGGUGGCGAAUUAUCUCUAAUGUGACCAAUUUAACUAGAAAAUAUUGCCGUUUAAUGGUGUUAAUUUUU